AGUGAAAUGUUGUUUGGCUCACUAGGAUAAUCGGAUCGUCUCCGGUGAAAUGUUGUUUGGCUCACUAGGAUAAUCGGAUCGUCUCCGGUGAAAUGUUGUUUGGCUCACUAGGAUAAUCGGAUCGUCUCCGGUGAAAUGUUGUUUGGCUCACUAGGAUAAUCGGAUCGUCUCCAGUGAAAUGUUGUUUGGCUCACUAGGAUAAUCGGAUCGUCUCCAGUGAAAUGUUGUUUGGCUCACUAGGAUAAUCGGAUCGUCUCCGGUGAAAUGUUGUUUGGCUCACUAGGAUAAUCGGAUCGUCUCCGGUGAAAUGUUGUUUGGCUCACUAGGAUAAUCGGAUCGUCUCCAGUGAAAUGUUGUUUGGCUCACUAGGAUAAUCGGAUCGUCUCCAGUGAAAUGUUGUUUGGCUCACUAGGAUAAUCGGAUCGUCUCCAGUGAAAUGUUGUUUGGCUCACUAGGAUAAUCAGAUCGUCUCCAGUGAGAUAGUUUGUCACUUGCAAAUUGAAGGAAAUUGUUCGGAUGCUACUUUAAGAAGUGAUUGUUUGACAAUCAGAUGGAAACAUCAUGACUUGUUGUGUUCAUUUUAAUCACAGCCCCGCCCCCACAGGAGGCCUUUUGCCUUUUGGUAGGCCGUUAUUGUAAAUAAGAAUUUGUUAACUGACUUGCCUAGUUAAAUAAAGGUUACAGGUUAAACAAAAAUGGCACAUUAAAAGGUAAUUUAUUUUUACAGUUAAAUGAUGUCUUUACUAUAAAACCCAUAACAAAAUGUUGUCCACCCAAAUCACUAAGUCCGCCCCUGUUUGUAAGGGAACUUCCACAACCCAACUACAGUGUCAUUUCCAUUGGAGGUUGAAAACUGGGAGCUUUGCUGCCACACAUUUACUGUAUGGUACUACACUUUUUGUAUUGCUACCUUUUUGUAUUGUUUGUAGUGCUUGCUUUUAAUUGUAAGGUCGCCAUAGCAAAUGAUGUCUUGUUAGUGAACUACCAAAUUUACAAUGUCAGUUUGGGUAUGCUGGUCAUCUGUCUAAAUUAAAACAAUGAUGUAUAUAAACCCUGGCUUGCUGAUGCUAUGUAUUAGCCAAUGAGAUGCUCUGAAACCACCGGUCGGCCAUAUUGUCACUCCUCAAAAGCAGUCUUCCAUAGGAAUUCUUCAGUAUUUAAUAGAAAAUGUUUUUAGGACAAAAUUACAUGUUUUUAAGUAUUUUUUGUUGUAGUUGGGACAGUAUUUUCAAAAACAUUACUCUAUUGAUCUGACACAGAACUACAGUAUAUUCCUGACCUGCAGUGUUGGGUAAUAGUGAACUACAUGUAAUUCAACUAGUAAUUUAACUACAUUUUUCAGUAGCUCAGUGGUAGUUGAACUAAAUUCAAUCAAGGUAGUGUUUUCAGUAGUUAUAUAAACAAAAUGCAAUGUAAUGUUGUAGUAACUACUGGAAAUACACACUACUUUUUAUUUCAAAUAAAGUAAAAUAUGAGUGAAGUAGGCAAUCGUUUCCAUUCUUUUUCAGCAUCAGAUAUGCCUUAUCCAAUUACUACAGCGUUACAUUGCAAAAAAAAGGAAUUAACUACUGAAAACACUACCUAGAUUUGAAUAUAGUCUUGCAAUUUGUAGUCUAUGACAUUUCAGAUUUACAUAUGAUACUUUUUCACAAACAAGUUUGGAUGUAGUAAACUACGUUUCAAUGUAACUUUAGUUAUGUAAACUAUAUUUUCCUUAAGGGAAGCAUUAGUGUAGCUUAACUUCUUCCAGAGUGAAGUAAUUGGUGGCUUGGUAAACUAGCCUACAGUACCAGUCAAAAGUUUGGACACACAUACUCAUUCAAGGGUUUUUCUUUAUUUUGUACUAUUUUCUACAUUGUAGAAUACUAGUGAAGACAUCAAAACUAUGAAAUAACACAUAUGGAAUCAUGUAGUAUGCAAUAAAAAAAGUAUUUUAGAUUCUUCAAAGUAGCCACCCUUUGCCUAGAUGACAGCUUUGCACACUCUUGGUAUUCUCUCAACCAGCUUCACCUGGAAUGCCUUUCCAACAGUCUUGAAGGAGUUCCCACAUAUGCUGAGAGUAAGGGGUGCGAACUGGCGGCAGAGAAGUCAGACGCAGGAGAGAAAUAACUGUGUUUCCAACGGUGCAGUUUAUUAACAAAACCCACCGGAAAACAGAAUAAAAUAAAUGGGUACAUAACCCAACGCACACCAGGACAGACGUGCACAAUAAACAAUCACCGACAAGGACAUGAGGGGGAACAGAGGGUAAAAUACACAACAUGUAAUGAUGGGAUUGGAACCAGGUGUGAUGGAAGACAAGACAAAACCAAAGGAAAAUGAAAAGAGGAUCAGCAUUGGCUAGAAGGUCGGUGACUUCAACCGCCGAACACCGCCCGAACAAGGAGAGGGACCAACUUCGGCCUUUCCUUCACUCUGAAACGUUAAAUGUUCUUGACAUUUUCCGGAUUGACUAACCUUCAUGUCAAAGUAAUGAUGAACUGUAAUUUCUCUUUGCUUAUUUGAGCUGUUCGUACCAUAAUAUGGACUUGGUCUUUUACCAAAUAAGGCUAUAUUCUGUAUGCCACUCCUACCUUGUCACAACACAACUGACUGGCUCAAACACAUUGAGAAGGAAAGAAAUUCCACAAAUUAACUUUUUACAAGGCACACCUGUUAAGUGAAAUGCAUUCCAGGUGACUACCUCAUGAAGCUGGUUGAGAGAAUGCCAAGUGUGCAAACCUGUCAUCAAGGCAAAGGGAACCAGGCGUGAAGAAUCUCAAAUCUAUUUGGAUUAUUUUAACACUUUUUUGGUUACUACAUGAUUAUGUGUUAUUUCACAUGUGUUAUUUCAUAGUUUUGAUGUCUUCACUAUUAUUCUACAAUGUAGAAAAUAGUGAAAUAAAUAAAAACCCUGCAAUGAGUAGGUGUGUCCAAACUUUUGACUGGUACUGUAUAUUUUCAGAGUAGCUUCCCCAACACUGCUGACCUGUGACCAAAUGCUUUUGUUAAAAUGUAUGUCACAGAACCAGAGCAUCCAAGAAAAGUAUCCGAAGCACAGGGUCUGAUAAAUACAUUUGGAAUUGAACUGUUUUGGUUUUUGCUUUGAGUCAUUUCAUUUUAGUUGGCUAGACAUUACAACAUCAUGUAGGCUAAUUUAUCUGUAUUGAGUUCUAUGUCAAACCUACAAGCCUAUACACUACAGUACCAAUGUGCUUUACGUGACACCACUCAAUUCUUGGUUGGCCUUUAUGGAAAUUCAAAAUAAUCACAUUCUCCAUGCAAGAAUUACCUCAACCCCACACAAAGAUGGCGCCGUACUGUAUGGCUGCCGUCUUUGCUAUUUUGUGAUAAUUGUUCCUUGUUUUAUAGUAAACCUACUACUUAUAUCGAUUACUGCAUUGUUGGGAAAGAAUUUGCAAGAAAGCCAUUUCACUUUUCUUGUGCACGUGACAAUAAAACUUGACAUUUGAAACAGAUUAUAACAGUUUAGAACUCCUCCCCCUACCUCUUGAACGUCACCUGUGUACGCGCCCAACACCUACAGGUAAAGGUGUAUGCAAAGGAGAACUGCGGGGGAAGGAAGAAUUAACGGUUGGAAAAAUUUCGGAUACCGCUGCUAUGGCCGAGUCUCAGCUUCUGUGCAUGGACGAAGAUCAUGUCAACGAAAAGAUACCCGAAUCCAAAGCAGAGUUCUACUACUGCGAGGAGCAGCGAGCCGCGCUCGAGCAACUAUUGAAGAACGGUGAUGGCGCGUUCAAGAUGCGACUGAAAGAGGACAACGUCAGAGACUUUCUAUCCGCCCGCGAGGUUAAAUGGAUUCGAAAAACUUUUGAUGAAUAUGAUUCCGAUAGUGAGUCCGAGAAGGGCGAAUACGAAAAGGCUCAGGAGUCCAAUGCAGACUCGGGGGUCCACUCCACAUACUGGCCUCAGAUGUCGGACACGGAUGUCCCGCCGCUUGACAUCGGCUGGCCAGGCAGCACUAGUUUCUAUAAAGGUGUCACUCGAGUAUCCGUUCAUACGCACCCACCCAAAAACAAGGGGCCCCAUAUAAAAGAGGUUGUCAGGAGACUCAUUCAAGAAUCGAACAAGGUAGUAGCCGUGGUCAUGGACCACCUUACAGACCUGCAGAUCCUUCAGGACCUAUUGGACGCAGCACAGAGACGAGGGGUGGCUGUGUACAUCAUACUGGAGGCUCGUGGUAUGCCCCACUUCCUGGAUAUGUGCACUCGUUUACAGAUCACUGCUCUGCAUCUACGGAACCUGCGUGUGCGAACGGUGAAAGGUUCUGGGCUGGCCCUGUCAUUUGGCAGGCUGCCCGGCUCUCUGUGCUCCAAAUACAUGCUGGUGGACGGAGAAAAGGUUAUGUUUGGCUCUUACAGCUUCACAUGGAGCUCCUCUAGGAUGGACAGGAACACCAUCACAGUAAUGUCUGGGCAGGUGGUGGACUUCUUCGACAAUGACUUCAGGGAAAUGUAUGCUGUAUCUGAGAAUGUGGACCUUUACAAGGAGUUCCACAUAACCAAGCCUCCCAUGCCUGCCCCGGUACGGAAGGUGGUGGUCCCCAAGCCCCUGUUGAUGUCCACCUCCCGUUUCCAGGUGUCUCUAGGGGACUCUCGGGGGCAGGCUGACCAGAGGGUGCCUGCACAUAAAUACCACAACCCUAAGUAUUCUCUGGUGGUGGGGAACAGUCUCGGGCUCACUGGGUCCUUACAGGACCUCUCCGCACUCAGAGAUUCACUGGGCGGAGGACUCGAACGGAACGGACUGUCGACGCUACUCCAUGCCAAAGGGGGCAGUAGUGUGGAACUGGACAAGGUCACUGCGAAGUCCCCCAGUUCUACUGUGCAGGAUGAGGAGGAUGGGAAGGGAGGUUCGCAGAAGCACCAGGCCUUAGGUGGAAAGAAACAACGCAGUUCUUUCAGGCUCUUCCUGAAAGGCAGAGGAUCCAAUCACAACAGUGAGACUAUAGAGGAGGAUGGGGCCACUCCCCAAAGCCCCUCUUCUACCCGCAAAGUCUCAGAGACGAAUAGCACUGCCACUGAUGACUCAUUUGAGAUGGUAGAGAAACCAUCCCUGUUGAAAUUUAAGAACAAAAAGCCUUCAAAAAUGCCUCAAAGAAGUAUGUCUCUAAUGACCCUCAACAAAGGAGAGGAUGACGGAAAGCGACACAAGAAGCCUUCCAAGAAGAACUGCAUCCAGUCCUGAGAUGAAGAGAGGGAGGACAGGAUCAGCUGGGAGAGACAGAGCCAGAGGACAUUUGAAGUAAUUGCCAUUAUCAGAUGCAGUAUUAGAUGUGGAGUAGGAGUAUAGUGAUUACAUGUCAUGGCUGGAGUAUAGUAAUGACAUGUCAUGGCAGGAGUAUAGCAAUUGCAUAUCAUGGCAGGGGUAUAGUAAUUACAUGUCAUGGCAGGAGUAUAGUAAAUACAUGUCAUGGCAGGAGUAUAGUAAUUACAUGGCAUGGCUGGAGUAUAGUAAUUACAUGCCAUGGCAGGAGUAUAGUAAUUACAUUUCAUGGCAGGAGUAUAGUAAUGACAUGUCAUGGCAGGAGUAUAGUAAUUACAUGUCAUGGCAGGAGUAUAGUGAUAACAUGUCAUGGCAGAAGUCGCUCUGGAUAAGAGCGUCUGCUAAAUGACUUAAAUGUAAAUGUAAAUGUAAUGGCAGGAGUAUAGUGAUUACAUGUCAUGGCAGGAGUAUAGUGAUAACAUGUCAUGGCAGGAGUAUAGUAAUUACAUGCCAUGGCAGGAGUAUAGUGAUUACAUUUCAUGGCAGGAGUAUAGUGAUUACAUGUCAUGUCAUGAGUAUAAUAAUGACAUGUCAUGACAGGAGUAUAGUAAUUGCAUAUCAUGGCAGGAGUGUAGUAAUGAUAUGCCAUGGCAGGAGUAUAGUAAUUACAUGUCAUGGCAGGAGUGUAGUAAUGACAUGGCAUGGCUGGAGUAUAGUAAUGACAUGCCAUGGCAGGAGUGUAGUAAUGAUAUGCCAUGGCAGGAGUAUAGUAAUUACAUGUCAUGGCAGGAGUAUAGUAAAUACAUGUCAUGGCAGGAGUGUAGUAAUGACAUGUCAUGGCAGGAGUAUAGUGAUAACAUGUCAUGGCAGGAGUGUAGUAAUGACAUGUCAUGGCAGGAGUAUAGUGAUUACAUGUCAUGGCAGGAGUAUAGUGAUAACAUGUCAUGGCAGGAGUGUAGUAAUGACAUGUCAUGGCAGGAGUAUAGUAAAUACAUGUCAUGGCAGGAGUGUAGUAAUGACAUGUCAUGGCAGGAGUAUAGUGAUAACAUGCCAUGGCAGGAGUGUAGUAAUGAUAUGCCAUGGCAGGAGUAUAGUAAUUACAUGUCAUGGCAGGAGUAUAGUAAAUACAUGUCAUGGCAGGAGUGUAGUAAUGACAUGUCAUGGCAGGAGUAUAGUAAAUACAUGUCAUGGCAGGAGUAUAGUAAAUACAUGUCAUGGCAGGAGUAUAGUAAUUACAUGUCAUGGCAGGAGUAUAGUAAAUACAUGUCAUGGCAGGAGUAUAGUAAUGACAUGUCAUGGCAGGAGUAUAGUAAUUACAUGUCAUGGCAGGAGUAUAGUAAAUACAUGUCAUGGCAGGAGUAUAGUAAUUACAUGUCAUGGCAGGAGUAUAGUAAAUACAUGUCAUGGCAGGAGUGUAGUAAUGACAUGUCAUGGCAGGAGUGUAGUAAUGACAUGUCAUGGCAGGAGUGUAGUAAAUACAUGUCAUGGCAGGAGUGUAGUAAUGACAUGUCAUGGCAGGAGUGUAGUAAAUACAUGCCAUGGCAGGAGUGUAGUAAUGACAUGUCAUGGCAGGAGUGUAGUAAAUACAUGUCUUGGCAGGAGUGUAGUAAUGACAUGUCAUGGCAGGAGUAUAGUAAUUACAUAUCAUGGCAGGAGUGUAGUAAUGACAUGCCAUGGCAGGAGUGUAGUAAUGACAUGCCAUGGCAGGAGUAUAGUAAUUACAUAUCAUGGCAGGAGUAUAGUAAUGACAUGCCAUGGCAGGAGUGUAGUAAUGACAUGCCAUGGCAGGAGUGUAGUAAUGACAUGCCAUGGCAGGAGUAUAGUAAUUACAUGUCAUGGCAGGAGUGUAGUAAGUACAUAUCAUGGCAGGAGUGUAGUAAUGACAUGCCAUGGCAGGAGUAUAGUAAUUACAUAUCAUGGCAGGAGUAUAGUAAGUACAUAUCAUGGCAGGAGUGUAGUAAUGACAUGCCAUGGCAGGAGUAUAGUAAUUACAUAUCAUGGCAGGAGUAUAGUAAUUACAUAUCAUGGCAGGAGUGUAGUAAUGACAUGCCAUGGCAGGAGUAUAGUAAUUACAUAUCAUGGCAGGAGUAUAGUAAUUACAUAUCAUGGCAGGAGUGUAGUAAGUACAUAUCAUGGCAGGAGUAUAGUAAUUACAUAUCAUGGCAGGAGUGUAGUAAUUACAUGUCAUGGCAGGAGUGUAGUAAUUACAUGUCAUGGCAGUAUAGUAAUGACAUGCCAUGGCAGGAGUAUAGUAAUUACAUGUGCUGCUCAUUCUAUGUACUACUAUAAUGUUCCUUAGUGAGACUUGGUGUGAGACUGUGUGGACCGCCACUGCCUUAUCAGUUAGAGUAGUGAGGGUCUUCAAUGCCAGACUCACUUCCUUUAAUAUGAGCCUAAUGUUGUUGUUUAGCAGGAGUGAUCUAAUGCCACAUACCAGUGAGUGUCUCCUGAGUCCUGCCCGUCUCAGAUGGCAUUCACCACCUGUGUCAGGGAAAUGCCAAUACAGACUUGAUUGGUCAGUCAUUCGAUGCUUGAAAACUGAUCUUAUGUUACUGCUCACAUGUCAUAAGAAAUCAACAUGUUGUAUUGCUCUUCCCUGUAUCACUGUCAUUGAAACGGCUGCUUUUAAACCUAAACAAAUGGAUGGCGUUAAAAACACAGGUAUAGAUCUAUUCUGAAUGUGUCUAUCCUUCAGGUUACUAUGGAGAAGGAAAAGUGAUCAGCUCUCUUCUCUCACACAAGGUGUCACCUUACCAAGGGCAUUUGUUAAAUUGUUAGUGGACUGGCCCUUAUCUCCACUGGAGUGUGUAGUGUCUGAAUAAUGGAUGUUGUUUUAACAGAUCAGACACCGAUCACACACUUCUGCUGUUAACAUACAACAAUACAUUGUCUCUAAACCUAUGUGACAUUAUAAACAUGUCACUGGUCCAUGGCUAUAUCUGUCAUCUUAAUAAAAAAGAAGCAAUAGGGACUAAGACAUAUUUUGCUUAUUUUUUAUGCAUAGCAAUUACAAAGAGCAAAGGACAUUUUCUCAUUGAAAUUAUAGUGUGAAGUCUUGUAUAUAAAAAUGCCAAAGAUGUAUGAGACCACACAUACUUCAUGUAAUUGACUGACUUCCUAUCUCUGAGGUGUGACUGUUGUUUUAUAUGAAAUCAUGAUAUAAAAAAUAACUUGUCUA